AUGCAUCGCGCAGCAGUGAGGGCCUUGCGGACAACCUACCGAUGUACGGCUCGUAGCUUCGCACGCAACAGCCGACGAGGUCUCUUCGACCAUCAACCACCUUCCUCAUUCUCCUACUCGACCCGACACGGCCUGCGAUCCUCCUCUCAGGCGACCCAGCAUCACCAACCAUACCCUGAGCAUGCUGUGCAGCCGCUAAAGUCCUCCAUGUACAUCCGCCGCUUCUCAGUCGCCCUUGUGUCUACCCUCGUCGGUUACGGCGCCUGGUACUCGUACAACGGAACCUCCAGCCUCGACAAGUCCCAGAGCUUGACGAGGAGCUUCACCACAGGUGCCGCCACCGGUGGAGAUGCUACCCCGACCCGCGCUGUCCUUGUUGUUGGAGCCGACCAGCUACACACCGGCACAUUUGUAGGGGAAGGGCCCAUCUCCAAGACGACCAGCGACGACGGACGCAAGGUUAUCGAGAUGUUGACACCUGAGCAAGUUACGGAGAAGCUGCGCAAGACUGAGCAGUCAUUCCUCGUCAACAGAGGACAGGGUGUCGUGAGAUAUGACUUGGUUCAACUGCCCAGCAACGACCCCAUCGAGGACGAUCAUGCCGAAAAGAUCGUCGAGGUCCCUAACAAGGCGGCCGGUGCGGAGGGAAAAAGCAACGACUGGAUGUUCUGGGGUGUCUUUGACGGCCAUGCUGGCUGGACUACCUCGGCGAAGCUUCGCCAGGAGUUGAUCCUUUCUGUGGCCAAGGAGCUCAACACCACUUACCAAUCGUCCACUGACUUGUCACCGCCCGCCGAAGCCAUCGAUGCCGCCAUCAAGUCUGGCUUUACCCGUUUGGAUGACGAGAUUGUCAACCAGAGCGUCGAGAGGGUCCUGAAGGCUGGCUCCAAGACCAUGGCCGCAGAGCUUCUCGCGCCCGCUCUUUCUGGAUCCUGUGCUCUCCUGUCCUUCUACGAUAGCAGAUCGAAGCUGCUGCGCGUAGCCUGCACCGGUGACUCCCGCGCCGUUCUCGGUCGCCGAUCGGCUUCUGGUAAAUGGACGGCUACCGCGCUCUCCGUCGACCAGACGGGCAGCAACCCCGAUGAGGCUGCUCGCAUGCGCAAGCUCCACCCUGGCGAAGACCGCGUCGUGCACAACGGCCGCGUCCUCGGUGGCCUAGAGCCCACCCGUGCCUUCGGCGACGCAAGCUACAAGUGGAGCCGCGAGAUCACCAACCGCCUCAGAGAGUCCUUCUUCGCCCGCUCUGCCUCGCCCCUCCUGAAGACGCCUCCCUACGUCACGGCCGAGCCCGUCGUCACGACGACCAAGAUCGAGCCCGAGAACGGCGACUUUGUCGUCAUGGCCACUGACGGCCUGUGGGAGAUGCUGACCAACGAAGAGGUUGUUGGUCUUGUCGGCAAGUGGAUCGAGAGCCAGAGCAGCGGCUCCGGAUCGCAGUUCGACUCGGCCUGGUCUAAGAUCUUUGGCUCGAAGAAGUCCGGUCUGCCUGUCGAGCAAGCCAACGAUAAGGGUGUCGAUGGCCAGAAGACACCUAUCCGCAUGCAGCAGUGGGGACUCUCCCCCGACGCUCCUGAACGCUUCGUCGUCCAGGACAAGAACGUGGCUACUCACCUUGUGCGCAAUGCCCUCGGCGGCAAGAACGAGGAGCAGGUUUCUGCGUUGCUGACCCUGCCCUCCCCCUUUUCCAGACGUUACAGGGACGACUUGACCGUCCAGGUCAUCUUCUUUGGCCAUGGCGAGAAGACGGGUGAGGUCAACCUCAACGAGGAGGCUACGGCCCCGUCCAAGCAGCAGCCCAUCAAGGCGAAGCUUUAA